UAAAAGGAAGAUAAUACCACUAUGAUUCACACCAAAGAUUCAGCUGCACAAUCGAUAACUCUAUAAUCUUUUAAGCUUCCGGUGACCGGAUUCUAUGACUACACAACUUCUCUUCAGUGGAACCCCAUAUUCCACCCUUCCCCAGAAAUAUAUCCGCCCGGAAUCCGAAAGGCCAAAGCUGUCGGAAGUAACCACCUGCGACGAUGUUCCGGUCAUUGAUUUAGGCUGCGGGGACAGAAGCUUUAUUGUCCGACAAAUAGGCGAUGCCUGCCGCCAUUACGGAUUCUUCCAGGUAAUAAACCAUGGGGUUCCAAAGAAAGUAAUAGAGGAUAUGUUAAAGGUAGCCCAUGAGUUCUUCAACCUAUCGGUGGAGGAGAAGAUGAAGCUCUACUCCGACGACCCAUCAAAGACCAUGCGACUAUCCACUAGCUUUAAUGUUAAAAAGGAGACCGUUCAUAACUGGAGAGACUAUCUCAGACUUCACUGUUAUCCUCUUCAAAAAUAUGCUCCUGAAUGGCCUUCCAAUCCCCCUACUCUCAGGGAUGUGGUUAAAAUUUACGUGACGGAAGUUCGACAGGUGGGAUUCAAAAUAGAGGAAGCCAUAUCAGAAAGCUUAGGGCUGGACCCACAAUGUUUCAAGAACGUGCUGGGCGAGCAAGGUCAACACAUGGCGGUCAACUUCUACCCGCCAUGCCCCGAACCCGAAUUGACGUACGGGUUACCCGCUCACACCGACCCGAAUGCGCUCACCAUUCUUCUUCAAGACUUGCAGGUCGCCGGCCUUCAGGUCCUCAAGGACGGCAAGUGGUUGGCCGUCAAACCCCGCCCGGAUGCUUUCGUCAUCAACAUCGGCGACCAACUCCAGGCUCUCAGCAACGGGAAGUAUAAGAGUGUGUGGCAUAGAGCUAUAGUGAAUACAGAUAAACCACGAAUGUCGGUGGCUUCCUUUCUCUGCCCCGGCGAGGACGCCGUGAUCAGCGCCCCUAAACCACUCCUCGACGACGAAUCACCGGCAGUGUAUCGGGACUUUACAUAUCCAGAGUAUUACAGUAAGUUCUGGAGCAGGAACCUGAAUCAAGAACACUGUUUGGAACACUUUAAGAACUAGUUGGCGCUAAA